AUGAACUGGUGGUUGUCAAGAUCUAUCAAUAAUGCACUGCAGAAAAAUGUUGAGUAUCGCGGAACACAUGAAAUAAGCUACCAAAAUGUUGGCCUUAUUAUUGGAGUCACUGGUGUAGUUGGCAACAGUUUGGCUGGAACACUCUCAUCCACUGACACCCCAGGCGGUCCGUGGAAGGUCUAUGGUGUGUCAAGACGGGGGACGCCAGUCUGUAGCAUUGCUAAAGUCACAUACAUUCAAUGCGAUGUCUCUAAAGCAACUGAUGUACAAGCCAAAUUAUCGACCCUAAAAGAUGUGACACACAUCUUUUGGGUGACUUUGGCUUUUAACCUUUCAACAGCUAAAAGUUGUGAAAUCAAUGGAGCAAUGUUUCGCAAUGUCCUCACUUGUGUCAUACCAAAUGCACCUAAUUUACGCCACAUCUGUCUCCAGACGGGCGGGAUGCAUUAUAUGGGAAUUCACAAAUCAAUUGAUGGGGAACUUCAUGUUACUUCUCAUGAUCCGCCUUUCAACGAAGACAUGAAAAGAUUGGAAAACAUUCACAACUUUUAUUACACGUUAGAAGAUGUACUAUUCGAUGAAGUCUCUAGAAAACCAAGCCUAACAUGGUCCGUCCAUAGGCCUGAUUUAAUUUUCGGGUUUUCACCUUAUAGCUCGUUGAACAUUAUUGGAACACUUUGCGUAUACGCAACAAUAUGCAAAUUCAUACGCAUUCCGAUGAAAUUUCCAGGGACAGAAGCCGUUUGGGAUAGUUUUUCGAAUGCAUCAGAUGCUAAUUUGGUGGCAGAGCAUCAAAUUUGGGCAGCAAUGUGUCCGCAGGGGAAAAACAGAGCAUUCAACAUUACCAACGGCGAUGUGUUCAAAUGGAAGCAUUUGUGGAAGGUGUUGGCUGAAGAAAUUGGAGUUGAAUAUAUGGAAUUCGACGCGACGGAGAGGAUUAUUACAUUGUCUGAGAUGAUGAAGGACAAGGGGCCUGUGUGGGAUAAGAUUGUGAGAGACAAUAACUUGAUUUCGACAAAGUUAGAAGAAGUUGGGUUGUGGGAUUUUGCAGAUAUGUUACUUGGUGGAGGGACUUGUAGGUUGAGCAGUAUAAAUCGUAGCAAGGAGAAUGGUUUCAUUGGCUUUAGGAAUUCCAUCAAUUCCUUCAUUUUCUGGAUACACAAGGCAAAACAUAAUAGAUUAAUACCAUGA